CGUAAACCUUAACACAGGUGAUUAAAUCCCACUACAAGCACUGGAGAAGCUCAAUGAGUCGCCACAGUUGACCGAUUAACCCAAAACUGCGACGACUCAAAACAAAGAGAUACUAUACUAUCAUCAAAACUCCAAUUCUCUAUUCACUACUAAUCAUUGUUCCAAUUCAACGCCGGUGGCUUUUAAUCGGCGAGACACUCUCUGAUUUCUCGGUCUCCGAUUAACUGAUCUAGGUUUUUUUUGGGGAGGAGAAUGCAAAGGUAGAUGAUGGAUAGUGGUAAUAAUAAUAUGAAUAGAGCCAAGAGGAAUUUGGAUGGGAACGAUGAUGAUCAGCCUGAGCGAAAACGCCCUGCUUUUGCUAGUGUGAUUGUUGAGGCUCUGAAAGUAGAUAGUUUGCAGAAGCUUUGCUCCUCUUUGGAACCUAUUCUCCGCCGAGUUGUCAGCGAGGAACUGGAACGUGCUUUAGCAAAACUAGGCCCUGCUAGGCUUACUGGAAGUUCGGGCUCUUCUCCAAAGCGAAUUGAAGGUCCGGAUGGUCGGAAGUUACAGUUGCACUUCAAAUCUAGGUUAUCUCUCCCGUUAUUCACUGGGGGGAAAGUAGAAGGAGAGCAAGGUGCUGUGAUUCAUGUUGUCUUGAUUGAUGCAAACACUGGCCGUGCUGUGGUAUAUGGUCCAGAGGCUUCGGCAAAGCUUCACAUUGUUGUGCUUGAGGGUGACUUUAACACUGAAGAUGAUGAAGACUGGACACAAGAAGAAUUUGAAAGCCAUGUUGUAAAAGAGCGUUCAGGAAAGAGACCGUUGCUGACUGGAGAAGUGUAUGUUACACUCAAGGAAGGGGUUGGAACUUUGGGCGAGCUAGUUUUCACGGAUAAUUCGAGUUGGAUUCGAAGUCGGAAGUUCCGACUUGGUUUACGGGUGGUUUCUGGGUGUUGUGAUGGCAUGCGUAUCCGUGAGGCCAAGACGGAAGCUUUUGUUGUUAAGGAUCACAGGGGCGAAUUGUACAAGAAGCAUUAUCCACCUGCUCUGAAUGAUGAUGUGUGGAGAUUGGACAAGAUCGGCAAGGAUGGGGCAUUCCAUAAAAAGCUUACUGCUGAAGGAAUAAACACUGUAGAAGAUUUUCUGAGAGUAAUGGUCAAGGAUUCUCCAAAAUUACGUACUAUUCUUGGAAGCGGCAUGUCAAACAAAAUGUGGGAUGCACUAGUAGAGCACGCAAAGACGUGUGUCCAGAGCAGCAAGCUUUAUAUCUACUAUGCUGAGGAUUCAAGGAAUGUCGGUGUUGUGUUCAAUAAUAUCUAUGAGCUAAGCGGCCUUAUUUCUGGAGAUCAAUACUUCUCUGCUGAUUCACUUACUGAUAGCCAAAAGGUAUAUGUUGAGGGGCUGGUGAAGAAAGCAUAUGAAAACUGGAACCUAGUCAUAGAGUAUGAUGGAAAAUCUCUUUUAGACUUGAAGCAGCCCCAGAGGUUGAGUAUUACUCACACUAAUCUGGAAAAUUACUCGACUGCUGCCAUUGACCAUCCAAUGCAGAUGGUGGCAGGGCAUUCGUCUUCAAUGCCGCCUAACCAGUCUCCAGUGCUUUCAGAUUUUGCUAUUGGAGGGUAUGAUCAAACUCUGGCAACAAGAUAUCAUUCGCAUCCCCAGCUUUUAAACUCCAACCCGCGAGCACAAUUUGAGGUUGCUUCAUGCAGUACAUCGCAAGACCAGUUCAUGGGAAAUCUACAUCAAACUCAAAGCACCAUAAACAAUCAACACAUGAAUGGCCUGGCUCUCGGUCCUUCACAAUCAUCCACAAGCGGAUACCAAAACAUCAACCCUUCUUCUGUUCACCAGGCAGAUCUCAACCAUUUAGAAGACUGGUCAAACCCCCGUGAGAGAGGACCAGAUGAUUUCUUCUCAGAGGAAGAGAUCCGACUCAGAAGCCAUGAAAUGCUAGAGAGUGAAGACAUGCAACAGUUCCUCCGCCUAUUCAGCAUGGGAGGAGGAGGCAAUGGCUCUGCAACACACUUGCCAGAAGAUGGAUAUACUUUCCCAUCGUUUCUACACACGCCUAUGCAAGGUUAUGAUGAAGACCGUGGUCGAUCAGGCAGAGCUGUUGUUGGAUGGCUUAAGAUAAAAGCCGCAAUGAGAUGGGGGUUCUUCAUCAGGAGGAAAGCUGCUGAGAGGCGAGCACAAAUUGUAGAGCUUGAUGAUGAUGAUGAAGAUGGCGAAUAGUGUAUAAAAGGAAGUGUACAGUUAGAUUCAGUGGAUCUGUGGAUGUGUGUGUUUUAUGAAGCAGGAGACUUCUAAUAUGCUUGAUUGAUGAUAACUCAUUUAGACAGUAGCAUUCUUAAGAACUGAUUCUACAGUCUUAGAUAUGUGAUUCAACAAGUAGAAUUUCUGUAUGGUCCUUUUAUUUGAUGAUACUCGAGUUACUAUCUGUAAGGCUUUUGUUCCACGAAACUUUAACGUCAUGUCUCCUUGGUUAUUAUUUAUUCUGUUUGUGCUCUUGCAAUCUCUCAAUGUUAAAGUUUGUGAGACACCAAAAAGACCGAUG